AAAAUAACGAUUAAAAUAAAAUAAAUUUUCAACAAUCUUUUUUUUAAUACGUUUGUCAAUGUUUAUUUUGACAUAACACUGGCCACCUAGAACUCGAUCGCCAUUGGUAACCGUUGUGUCAACAAAAAAAAAGUAUACACAGGAAUGGCGGCGGGCGACAAAUUCAAAGUUGAUUGAAAAUUUUGUGAUGAAAAUCAGUGAUACUAUCGCCAAUUUAGUGUUAUAAGUUAUUAAAUAUGGGUAAUUGUUGGGGCGUGUUCCGUCGGCGUCGAAUACGUCGUCAUAUUGUGCUCAUAUUGAUAGGUUUAGACAACGCGGGUAAGACGAAAACUGUGAAUAAUUUAGCUGGAGAAAAUGAAGAUAAAGUUUUACCCACGGUUGGUUUUAAGGCUGUGAAUUUAGUACAUAAAGAUACGCCUGUAACUAUUUACGAUUUGGGAGGCGGGCCGCAGUUUCGGCAAAUAUGGUCGCAAUACUAUAGUGAAGUUCAUGGUGUUAUAUUUGUGAUAGAUUCAAGCGAUUAUUCGCGCUUGGAUGAGUGUAAAGUAGUAUUGGAAGAGGUAUUAUCGCACGAUAAAAUAUCAGGGAAGCCUGUACUAGUGUUGGCGAACAAACAGGACAAAACAGGUGCUUUGGAUGACAUUGAUGUGGUGGAGAAACUUAAUAUUGAACCGUUAGUUAAUAAAUACAGAUGCCCGACCCUAGUCGAGUCGUACACUGCGGAAGCGACGCCAUCAAAAUCUAAAAAGAUCGAUCCCGGCCUCAAAAAGGGCUACCACUGGCUGCUAAACUAUAUAGUGCGACGUUACGGAGAUAUAAACCUGCGCGUACAGACAGACAUACACACAGAACUCGAACGCAGGCGACGUAUGACGAGAUCGAACAGAGGUUCCCAAACUUUCACAGCGCUAAGUGAUGAUAUAGCCACACAAACUGGCUUUGAGAACCCCAAUUUUGAAAUACCUAGCCAAAAGGAUAAUGGGCUAAUUGUCGUCAAGCCGAUAAAAGUUAACAAUGAUUCGACGAUCACUAUAGAAAGUUUAGAUUCAGAUAGUACGUCCGUUAAGCCAAAAUUAUCUCCGUUGUUUGGGAAAAAGGAAGCAGAAGGCAGUAAUUCUAGUGAAAUUAAAGUGGAGUUGGAAACUAGGAGUGAAUUUAGGAAGUUAUCGCCGAUUGUUAGGAAUAGGGGUGUGAAUCAUAUAGAUUUCAAGAAUCGGCCGCAAUCCAGCCCGACGUAUAAGAAAAAUACGCUACCACUCAGCAAAAACUCCUCGCUCAUGGAAGACAAGAUCACAAAAGACAGUGUCACAGAAGGGACACGAACCCUGGACUCUAAGAAGCAUCGUGUUUUGGUCAACGAUGUUGAACUUAUGCAGAUGCAUCGAGAGAUUGUGCUCACUGAACGAGAACACCCAAAAGCUCUAUCGGACACAAUAUCAAGUGCCCCGUUCCCGCUGAGCGCCCGACCCGCGUCCGCGUCGCAGUGCGUGCGCAGACAACUGGAGAUAUCCUCGCAACAGAGACGGAGACUCAGCUUGAGAUAUAUGCAACGCAACAAAACAAGUCCGGAGCGUACGUCCAUGUUGUUAUACGAACCGACGAAACAGAAACAACUGGAUAAAGGGGAUUUUGAACAUGCCGCCACCAUUAAUUGAAUGAUGGCGUUUACUACAAGCGAAGUCUAUUAAUUAUUUUUAAUUUUUAUUAUAAGUCAAAGAUUUGUUUUCUGUUUAGAUGAUUUUAUAUAAGAGUAAAUUUUUUGUUUAUUUUAAUACAGGUUGUUCCAAAAUUCAUGCAAAAAAUUGAGCUUUUUAGAAAUUACAUAUUAUUAAAUUCGCAUUAUUUGAACAUUAAAAGUUAAAUUUUGGGACACUUUUUAUCUAUGUUUUGUUAUAUUUGGGACCAAUAAUAAUUUUAUACAAAUAUUUUUGUUCAUACUAUAAAGAUGUCAGAAACUAGAAAAAGUAAAAUCAUUGUAUUUUCAAGACGUUAUGAAUCAUUUUUGAGAUCAAAAUAAACAUCCAAAUAAUUGUUUGAAAAAUCUUUCACACUUAUGUAUUUAUUAAAUAUGUUAAAACAGGGUAUUGAAAAAUAUUCACAAAACAAAAUUUAUAUUUGUAUUGAAGUUGAAAGCACAUCGAAUUUUUACUAUAUAGUAAGUUUAAUAUUAUAUAAACUACUAUUUUAGAAAUUUAUGAUCAAUAUUUUGUAUAAGUACUAUAAUUAUUAUUAUUGUAAAAGAGGAAAAAUUUGUAGUGAUUUAAUAGAAAAAUAAAUAAAAAUAGUACAAUUAUUAUUAUAUCUAAGGGCUGAUUUAUCAAUUCUUGGUUAAAACUUUCGUCGAAUAGCGUAUAACUACCAUAGUUAUGAUUGAAAAAUCGGCCCUAAAUGUAUAAGAUCUAUUUCUGAAGAAAUAAUAGAAAUUAAUAUAUAACCCGAGUAAAGCAAGGGCCUAU